GAGAGGUUUAUUCAGAGCCUUGGCUCUGGCACAGUCGCAAACGCAACCCGUGGCAGGGCAGGGCACUGUCCCACUGGCCACGCUAGUACCGCGAUCGCCGUACUCGGCCACAACGUCCGCACAGGCACCGCCAGAUAUACGCAACAGCGGCAGCAUGGAGCGCAGCAUGGAACGCAACAGCAUGGAGUUUGGGCACAAUGCAGCAGCGGCGAAUGCUUCCACAGCUACGCCGUGGGGUAACAAGGAGUCGCCCAACAACGAGGAUGACUCAAACGAGGAAGACGGCGACACUGCGACACCCGCUAAGGUCACCGAUCCUCUGGCCCCACGUCUGGCCAACAAUGAGCGGGUUUUGGUCGUUUCUGUGACGGAGCGACAUCGUGAAACUUGGGGCCAAAAAGCCGAGUUCCUUUUGGCCGUGAUCGGUUUUGCUGUAGACUUGGGAAACGUCUGGCGCUUUCCCUACAUCUGCUAUCAGAAUGGCGGCGGCGCCUUCCUGGUGCCCUACUGCAUUUUCCUCAUCUUCGGUGGUCUGCCUCUGUUCUACAUGGAACUGGCCUUGGGUCAAUUUCAUCGUUGCGGCUGCAUCAGUAUCUGGAAGCGCAUUUGUCCAGCAUUGAAAGGUGUUGGCUAUGCAAUUUGCCUGAUCGACAUUUAUAUGGGCAUGUACUACAACACAAUUAUCGGCUGGGCGGUAUAUUACUUAUUCGCCUCGUUUACUUCCAAAUUGCCGUGGACGUCCUGUGACAAUCCGUGGAACACACAGAACUGUAUGCCCGUUACAAGUGAAAACUUUACAGAGUUGGCUACAUCACCGGCCAAGGAAUUUUUCGAGCGUCGAGUUUUGGAGAGCUACAAGAGCAACGGCUUGGAUUUCAUGGGGCCCGUUAAGCCCACCUUGGCGCUUUGUGUAUUUGGAGUCUUCGUGCUCGUCUACUUCUCACUGUGGAAGGGUGUACGUAGUGCUGGAAAGGUCGUCUGGGUUACGGCUCUGGCACCCUACGUGGUGCUUAUUAUUUUAUUGGUGCGCGGCGUCUCUCUGCCUGGCGCUGAUGAGGGCAUCAAGUAUUAUCUGACACCCGAGUGGCAUAAGCUGAAGAACUCCAAAGUUUGGAUCGACGCAGCCUCACAAAUUUUUUUCUCACUGGGUCCCGGCUUCGGAACGCUGCUCGCUCUAUCCAGCUAUAAUAAAUUUAACAACAAUUGCUAUCGUGAUGCGCUUAUAACCAGCAGCAUUAAUUGUCUGACAAGUUUUCUGGCGGGAUUUGUUAUCUUUUCGGUGUUGGGCUAUAUGGCCAACGUGCAGAAGACUUCGAUUGAUAAGGUGGGCUUGGAGGGACCAGGGCUAGUUUUUAUUGUAUAUCCAGAGGCGAUAGCCACCAUGAGCGGUUCCGUAUUUUGGAGCAUUAUAUUCUUCCUAAUGCUCAUCACGCUGGGAUUGGACAGCACGUUUGGCGGCUUGGAGGCGAUGAUAACAGCACUCUGCGAUGAGUAUCCCCGUGUGAUUGGACGACGGCGAGAGCUGUUCGUGCUGCUGCUGCUCGCCUUCAUCUUUCUGUGCGCGCUACCCACAAUGACCUACGGUGGAGUUGUAUUGGUUAACUUUUUGAAUGUCUACGGACCCGGUCUAGCCAUACUCUUUGUGGUGUUUGUUGAAGCAGCGGGUGUCUUUUGGUUUUAUGGCGUUGAUCGCUUCAGCGCGGAUGUGGAGCAGAUGCUGGGUGCCAAGCCAGGAAUCUUCUGGCGCAUCUGUUGGACCUACAUAAGCCCAGUGUUCUUGCUGACCAUAUUUAUAUUCUCGAUACUGGGCUAUAAGGAAAUGCUGGGCGAGGAGUUCUAUUAUCCGCCUUGGAGCAUUCAGGUGGGCUGGGCCGUUACCUGUUCGUCGGUGCUGUGCAUACCCAUGUACAUGAUAUACAAGUUCUUUUUCGCAUCGAAGGGUAAAUGCCAGGAGAGACUGCAGCAAUCGUUCAAGCCGGAUGUGACCUGUGGCUCGGUGGUCCCUGGUCAACAGGGCACUUCGGUGUGACAUGACAAUGCUGUGCAUUUGAAUAUACACACCAGCAGCACCAACAUCAACAUUUAUAGUUUAAAUUGUAGAGCUUAUUCACCAACAACAAACAAAACAACAGCAAACAUGCAACUGAGUAAUAGUAAACUGAUGGACCUCAACAGUUACUAUGCUUAUCACACAAAUCUUAGCUAUACAGAGAGAGAUGGUAAUGCUCUGCCUGCAGAGGAGAAGGAGUCGUUGUCAAAUACAAACACACGAAAUGGAAAUGGGAAUGAUCCUAAUACAUGUUGUGCUACUGCUAGUCUUAGCCAUAGUCUCAAUCUCGGCUCGGUCAACGAGAAGUGCUAUUCAAGCCAUCCAACAACUGCUGCCGAGGACAAUAACCGCGCGCUUAAGAUCAGCAGCUGCAAGCCACUCAAAUUUCCUCUAGCCAGCGAGUGGUUGGUCUGAGGAUGUAAUCAUCUGAAGCUGCACUCAUCUGGAAAAACUUCGCAAACAGCCAUUUGCAAAGCUUUUCGGGCCACCUGGUAAUAUCUCUAAUUCUCUAUGUCAAGUAUUUAACGUAUAUAAAAAUGUUGUAAUAAGUGUAUAACAAUCCUUAGUGCACAACUGUUAAAACUAGCAAAAACUAUACUCGUCUAACCGUAAUUAUGAAAACUAACACUAACUAUAACUAUAUAUUAUAACUAUACAUACAUACAUAUAUACCAAUACA